AUGUUCACAUAUUCUUCUGUGUUUGAUUCGUGCCUCCAUGGUGUGGAUAUACUCGAUCAAAACCGUAUAUCUACUGGUCACGGCUCAUCCCUGUCACUGAGUUCAUCCGCCGCUCACCACCAUCGUGUAAUGUUGAGAUCUGGUACUUAUAUCCAUCGUGGCUCACGGCCCUUCAUCUCGGACAUAGCCGAAGGAUUAGCCCUUGUAAACUUGCUCCGCUCGUGUGCUUUUUCCGGCUUCCGCUGCUCAGUUAUCAAUCCAUAUGAAGCCCGGAAUACAGUCGUCGCCGCCGCCCUCGUACUGCCUACUUCUUCCGGCGGUAAUCCGAGCAAUCGAAUUCCUACAGUAAAAGGUCAAAUUUUCAACCUCCUCUGCAUUUACAUUAAUCUGGGUCUGGUCCGAAAUUUUCUGUUAGAGAAGCUCUUCACCGUGUUCUCGUCUCCGGUGAAUACAUGUCGGCUAGCCGGAACAAGAUUUGUGUGGGAGGUGGGCUGA